UAACAUACACUACUCAUGGAGAGAACUUGUUUCCUAUCCUCCAUUUGUGUGGCACUUCUUAUGGUCCAAUCUUACAUAGCAAGUCUAGCUUUUGCAACUAUUCCCAACAUCACCACUGAUCAAUCAGCUCUUCUUGCCUUGAAAGCUAGUAUUUCUCAUGAUCCUCACAAUGUUUUGACAAACAACUGGUCUACUAGCAUCUCUGUUUGUAAUUGGAUUGGUAUCACUUGUGGUUUUCGCCAUCAUCGAGUCACAGCCUUGGACCUUUCUUACAUGGGUCUCGUAGGCACCAUUCCUCCACACAUGGGAAACCUUUCAUUUCUUGUUAGCCUAAGUGUCAUAAACAACAGUUUUUAUGGCUCUGUGCCCAAUGAGUUGGCUCGUCUUUACCGGUUGCAUCACUUAUCUCUUAAACACAACGACUUCAAUGGAGAAAUCCCACCAUGGAUGGGACAGUUAUCCAAACUUCAAUUUUUGUCUUUAGCUAUUAACAAUUUCACAGGCGGUAUUCCACCAUCUCUAUGUAACAUAUCUUCAUUGGAGAUAAUAGGUUUUAGAAAUAACAAGCUUUCGGGCUCGAUUUCUUUGUUCAAGUGCAAACGACUGCAACAUUUAGAUUUAGGGUAUAACUAUUUCACUGGAAGCAUACCUUCAGAAAUUGGAAACUUAACCAUGCUCACAGAGUUAUUCCUUCACAACAACAACUUUACAGGCACCAUUCCUCCACAUAUCUUUAAUAUCUCAACAAUUCAAGUAAUUGAUAUGUCUUUUAAUAUCCUCUCCGGACAUCUUCCAACAAAUUUAGGUCUCUUCCUUCCAAAUUUCCAGAUAUUUCAUCUUUGGGGAAAUCAACUAAGUGGAACAAUACCUAGCUCUAUCUCCAAUGCCUCACAACUCACAAUUCUAAAUCUGGGCAACAACUCAUUCUCGGGCUUAAUUCCUAAAUCACUUGGUAAUUUAAGGCUCCUUCAGUGGCUCGACCUAGAAAUCAAUAAUUUGACCACUGAAUAUUCCACUCUAGAUUUCAACUUUUUCUCUUCUUUGUCAAAUUUGGCAUAUCUAAGACUUUUAAUUUUGUCAAAUAAUCCACUGAAUGACAUCCUUCCUAGUUCCAUUGGAAAUCUCUCCACUUCUCUUCAACAACUUUACAUAGCUAAUUGUGGUAUUAAGGGCAACAUUCCUAGACAUAUAGGAAAUUUAAGCAACUUGAUGACAUUGAACCUACAGAUCAUUGAAUUGGUUGGACUUAUUCCAUCUGCUGUGGGAAGAUUGGACAAGCUUCAAGCUCUCUUUCUUGAUUAUAACAGAUUAGAAGGUCCCAUCCCAUCUAAUCUUUGUCAUUUAGAGAGCUUGUUUGAGUUGUAUUUAGAUAGUAAUGAGCUUUCUGGAUCUAUUCCUGUAUGUAUAAGUAACAUGACUUCUCUAAGAGUUCUUUACUUAGACUCCAACCAAUUAACUUCCAUGAUUCCCUUGAGCUUGUGGAGACUUACAUUUAUCUUGGAGGUCAACCUCUCAUCAAAUUCUCUAAGUGGCCCUCUCCCAUUCGAGAUUGGAAAUUUGAAGGUCUUAAGAGUACUAGCAUUAUCAAGAAAUCAGCUAUCUGGCAAUAUCCCAACAACAAUUGGUGGCCUCAAAGAUUUAGCUAAUCUCUCCUUGGCACACAAUCAAUUAGAAGGCUCAAUUCCUGAAUCAUUUGGUGAACUGCUAAGCUUGGAAUUCUUGGAUCUUUCCAAUAACAAUCUAUCUGGUGAGAUUCCCAAGUCCUUAGAAUCACUUUCAUACCUCAAAUAUCUAAAUAUCUCUUUCAAUAGACUACAAGGAAAAAUUCCUUUAGGAGGACCAUUUGUAAACUUCUCUGCUGCAUCAUUUAUGUCAAAUGAUGGGCUUUGUGGUGCUCCCCGACUACAAGUUGCUCCAUGUAAAGAAGGUGUUUCUCGACCAAAAAAGACCACAAUUGCACAUAUACUAAAGUAUGCAUUACCAACAAUUGGGUUAACAAUACUUGUAGUAGUUGCUCUUGUAUUAGUGUGGAUGAGACGCCAAAAAAGGAAUAAGCAAAUUCUAGUAGAGGCAAACUCUUUACCACUAGCUACAUGGAGGAGAAUUUCCCAACAAGAGCUUUUACAAGCAACAGACGGGUUCAAUGCAGGCAAUUUACUUGGUAAAGGGAGUUUUGGAUCGGUAUACCAAGGGAAACUCUCAGAUGGAACAAUUGUUGCAAUAAAAGUUUUCAACUUGGCAGUAGAAGGGGCAUUCAAGAGUUUUGAUACAGAGUGUGAGGUACUGCGCAAUAUUCGUCAUCGAAAUCUUGUCAAAAUCAUCAGCAUGUGUAGUAACAUGGACUUCAAAUCUUUUGUAUUGGAAUACAUGCCUAAUGGAAACCUAGAGAAAUGGUUGUAUUCUCAAGACCACUAUUUGAGUGUCUUACAAAGACUAAAUAUAAUGAUCGAUGUCGCAUCAGCACUAGAAUACCUUCAUCAUGGUUAUUCAACACCUAUUGUUCAUUGUGAUUUGAAGCCAAGCAAUGUCUUAUUAGAUGAAGAUAUGGUCGCACAUGUGGCUGAUUUUGGAAUUGCCAAGAUGUUAGGUGAUGGAGAGUCUAUGAUGCAAACCAUAACUCUCGCUACUAUUGGGUAUAUGGCACCAGAGUAUGGAUUGGAAGGAAUUGUUUCUACAAGAGGCGAUGUCUAUAGUUAUGGUAUUUUGCUGAUGGAAACAUUCACAAGAAAGAAACCUACCGAUGAUAUGUUUGUUGGAGAAAUGAGCUUGAAGCAUUGGGUAGAGGAAUCUUCACCCCUUUCAGUAACUAAAGUUGUUGAUGCCUAUUUGUUGAGAACCGAAAGAGACUAUGCUGCUAUGGAAAAUUGUAUGUCGUCCAUAAUGGGAUUGGCUUUGCAGUGUUGUGCUGAGUUACAUGAGAAGAGGAUUAAUGCAAAAAGUAUUUUAAUCACACUCAACAAGAUCAAACUGAAGUUUCUACGAGAUACUCAAGGAAGAAGCUAG